CUGUGCAAUUGGAGUUACAAUGAUGGAGAUCUAUUCAUUCAAAAUGCUGGCGUUUCAGCCGUGCCACCUGUGCCCGCCACUGUACAAGCAGCUCGAAGCCUGAAACGGAGGAGCAUAGGGUUUCAAAACAAAACAGUAGCAAAGAAGCUAGCUCUUUCGACGACUACCUCUCGAUCUUCAGUAAUGAGACCGCUUCCCGAUUCAAUGAGAACUGGCAGAGCGACGAUGGCAGUACCGGGAGCACAACCGCGUUAUCUACAAGCAACAGCCGCAGCAGCAAAUAGAAAAAGCAGCACGGGAAAUACACGUUCCGGUACUUCACAGAUUCAAAGCAGUUCUAUCAUUCGUCGAUCUUCAUCCUCUUCAUCCGUUCACCGCGAAAAUGCGGAAUUGGCUGAAAUGAGGACAAAAAUUAUGCAGCUCGAGGGAGAACUCAUAAAGAUCAGAGCAGAAUCGGAACUCACUAAGAGUCAGUUGGCAUUGAAAGACCAGAAUCUGGAAAUGGUUCAGAGUUCGCUAGAGUGCUUCAAACAGACUAUCGCUCUCAAGGACGCCCAGCUAAAUACUAUUCAAAUGGCUUUGGAUGCAGAGAAAGGCAAAUCAACGAUGAUGCAAGUAUCUAUCGAUGCGGUAGGUAAUACCUUGUAA